UCUCGGAAAAUCGGACGUAAAUAUUACUUAAAAUUGAAAUGGAACCCUCGCCAGUUAAUGAUCCACUAGAAAUUUUAACAAAUAAAGGCACGAGAGCGUCUUCUUUUCUUUCGCCAAUAUGGAAUCCAAUGAUAUGCACAGUACUUGGUUUUGGCACAGCUAUCUUCGUGAACUGGGGCUUCCGUAGACCACCAUUCUCAGGAAUACAAAAGCAUCUAGCUUUUGCGGCCAUUGGUGGCGCUGCAGGAUUUUAUUUUGACCAAAAACGCAAUGAAUAUUUAGCCAAACGUGAUGCGGUACUAAGACACUAUGUUGAAUUGCAUCCUGAGGAUUUCCCAGUGAAGGACCGCAAGAAGUACGCUGAUGUUUUGGAAGUGUGGGCGCCUAUUCGUUAAGGUUAUGUGGACAUCUGUUUUAGUGGUAGCGGUCUCAAUGAGCCCUUUCAAAUGUUAACAUGGUAAUGUGCCCAUGUUAAUUUUUUUAAGUGCUUUACAAUUAAAUUGAGUCAAAUUCUUAUGAAUGUAGUACUACACUUGAAAUUAAAUGAGCAUUGAAUUAUUGAUAGUUGAAGCAGA